AUGAAGCUCAGCCUGCUAUCCUGCACGCUGUUGGCGGCCUCGGCCUCGGCCAAGACGACCCUCUUUCUGUCCUCGUCUUCGACCUCGUCGUCCCAGGCUGCACCUAUCUCGAUCGACGCCGCAGAGGCCAACGAGAUCCUCUCCGACCACCUCGAUGUCACGUACAACGGCGCUCGCUCUGGACGCAGCCAGAUCUGGGACCACGUGCUGAAGCUAGACGCAGCCAACGAGGCGCUCGCUUUCGACCAGAAGGCCUCCGUCGAGCGCCUCUUUGACGGCAGCAUCGACAGCAGCAAGAACAGGCUGUUUGUCCUCAUGCACGGCGCCGAUGCCGACGCUGUGCCCUCGAGCAUUGGUGCCACCCACGAGAUGGUCACUUCUCCCUCCUCGGAGUCCUUCGAUGCUUUGCUGAGCUCCUACUUCGGCGACCUGCAAAACACGCUGCGCCUCAACGAUGGAGCACUCAACCACUUCAGCGCCAACUUCCUGCAGGGGCUGGGCUCGCUCGCCACAGGCGUCGAGCACGCCAUCGGGGGUGCUGCCUCGUGGCUGAUGAGCUCGUCGGUCGAAGCCACAGCUCAGCGAGCAUCGCACUGGUGGUCCGACCUCCAGAACCUGGUCAAGGACCGGAAGAGCGCCGCCUUUGAUGCGGUGCAGGCUGAGCUCGAGGCGGUCCACGGACUGCUUGACCGCAUCCGCUCCGACGGGCAGACUGAAGACGACCUCGCCUUCCAGCCUCUUCGCAUCCAGGGCCUGGGCGACGUGGAGGCGGCCUACGGUGCGGGUAGCAUCGAGUAUGCCAAGGCCAAGAAGGUAGUUCAGCAGGCCCUCGAGGAGCUCGCAGACGCCUUCCGCUCGCGAUCCCAGGCGCAAGGCCGGGACGCCUCGAUCGCGUUGAUCCUCAACGACAACGAGGCGCGACUGGGCAAGCGUUCUGCGGUGCCUUCCGGCUCGCUGCUCGAGCCUUUCCUGAGGCGCGCCUCGCCGUCCGGUCUGGCUGGUUCGUCGAAGAAGAAGAAGCCGGUCAACCUGAUCGCCUCUUGCUUCACCGACCAGAAGGAGCUCGAGAAGGCCAGCAACAGCUGCUCGGGCCACGGCAAGGCCAGGCAGACGAGCAAGGGCGGGCGCAAGUGCUGGCGAUGCCAGUGCCAGGCUACCAAGGAAAAGGGCCGUACCACGUACUGGGCGGGAGCUGCCUGCGAGAAGAAGGACGUGUCGACCGAGUUUGUGCUGCUCGGCACCACGGGCUUGGUCUUGGUGCUCAUCUCGCUGGGAAGCGUCUACUAUCUGUACGCCGCUGGCAACGCCGAGCUCCCUGGAACGCUGGCGGGCGUCACCAUCAACCUCAAGUGA